UGUCUUCUCAUCUCAAUUUCACAAUCAGUUAACGGAAACGAAUCUUGGAACAGCAUCUCUUUCAUCGUGUCCUCAUUGUAGGGUAAUCAUCAGCGUCCAUGUCCGGGAACACCAGUUGUACCGUGUACAUAGGGAACGUGGACGAGCGAGUAAGCGAUAGGGUUUUGUAUGAUAUCUUGAUCCAAGCAGGGAGAGUAAUCGAUCUACACAUCCCUCGCGAUAAAGAAACUGAAAAACCAAAAGGCUUUGCGUUCGCGGAGUAUGAGACUGAAGAGAUCGCCGAUUACGCCGUCAAGCUCUUCUCCGGUCUUGUCUCUCUCUACAAUCGAACUCUCAAAUUCGCCAUAUCUGGACAAGACAAAGCACAGUCAGGUUCAGGUUCAGGUCACAGGACAAGACCUCAGUCUCUGAGUUUCGAUCACCAUUCCGAGAGAUUCUCAUCACAGUUGAUGUCUUCACCUUCCCCUAUGCCUCUUGAUUACACUCAAGAGCCACCUCCGCCAGGAGUUUCAAAUGGAGCCGGUUUGGAGUACAGUAGAAGGGUUCUGAGUUCGGCACUAGAUAUCAACCAUUCAAGACCCGGUCGCUACUGAGACCACUUUUCUUUGCUUUUUCUUGUUGUUGUGAUGAUCAGUGUGUCUUGAUUCGUCAUUAUAAAGACACAUCUUUCUGUGCUGUUUAGAAACAAAGGGAACGUGUUUCAGAUUUUAAACCAAGUUAUUGGAGGCAUUAUCUUUGAGACC